AUGCAAAAUGAAUUGCUACAGUUAAAUUCGAAUGUAUUUUAUAAUAUCGAAAUUGAAAUUUUCUAUCCGUAUGAUGCUAAACAGUGCAAGGGGCCUUUUAUAGCGGUAAUCAAUCGAGAACGAAAAUAUUCGUACAAAUUUAAUUUAGAUAAGAAAAGUGGUAUAUGGUGGGCAACAUUCUAUAAUCAAAACGAAAGUCGAUAUAUUCUUGGCAAUUAUCAAUAUGGAAAUCAUUUUAAAUGGUCAUUUAGUAUUAGUAAUUGGAAGGUUGAAAUUAAAUGGAAUGGUGGAGAAGUUAAAUUUCCCAAUUUUCAUGAUGACGAAGAUCUUGCUUUAGUAUUAAUUCAAGAAAGUUGUCAACCUGAUCGAAUAAUAGUUAAGGAGUAUUUGAGUAAAGAAUCUGAAAUGGGUGAAAAAGAAAUUGAAUAUUUAACAAAACCGGAAGAAACAGUGAUAAAAGCAAUGUCCAAUGAGACAAUAACAUUUGCUGAAAGUGUCAAUGAUACAAUAAAACAAAUCGAAACCGUUGCAAAACACUUGCUUUCUGACGAUGAGCAACAGCAUAUAUUAUUUAAUAUAUUUAGUAAGAUUGAUGCAGUAUUGAUUCUGGGAGCGGUACUGGCAAUUGUUGUUAGCUGCGUUAUGGCUAUAAUCGAAAUUCGACACUACAAACUAUAUCAGUCAGCUAAAAGUAAACCUGUAAGAUUGGUUUUAACCAAGGAAUUCCUGGAGAAAAUACGAAUUGAGCAUUGCAAUAGGAUGAAAUAUGGCGAAAAAAAAGAUCAAAUGAAGAAAUAA